UCAUAUGAUCAUAACUCCCAAAAACCAGCAAUUCUUACAAACUAUAUAUAUAAAAGAAAAAAUAUGUCUGAGAGUAGUGAUCAGACACAAGAAAACAAGCCGACUUAUGCAAUGAGAGAGCUGAUAUUAUAUAGUAGUAGAGGAGAUAAUAACAAUGAAACAAGCAGAUUGUACUCGAUAAUCGAGCAGCACCCGCAAAUCCUUAACGAGUUCGACAAAGACCCGUUCGCCCAGACACCGCUCCACGCAGCUGCCGGGUCGGGUCAAACCCGGCUGGCAAUCGAGCUGCUAAACCUGAUGCCCUCCUUCGGGAGGAAACUCAACCCGCAGGGGUUCAGCCCGCUCCACCUGGCGCUCAUCGGGCGCCACCACAGAACGGCGCUGGCGAUCUUACGGUUCGACAAGGAGCUCGUGAGGGUGAAGGGAAAGGACGGAAAUACCCCUCUGCACUGCGCGGCGGGGCAGUGUGUGAAGGGGUGUGAUGGGGAUGAUUUGGAGGUUCUGGCUAGUUUCUUGCUGGAGUGCCCGGAUUCGGUGAAGGAGUUGAAUAAUAGGUUUCAGAGCGUGGUGCACGUGGUUAUGGGGAUCGACAACUGCGCCGCCGUGAGGUUGGUGCUGAACUGGGUUGUCAGGGUGGCGAGAGAGGCGGUUCUUGGGUGGAAGGACGAAGAUGGGAACACCCCCCUCCAUCUCGCCGUUCAACAUGGCUGUCAAGAGGGUUUGAAAAUAAUGGUGAGAAUCGCACACAUAAACAAAAGGAACUCGGAGAUGAAAACCCCUCUUGACAUUGCCGAGGAAACUGCUUCUGUAUCAAUGGCCAAGGUUUUGAAGGCCGCCGGAGCCAAGAGAGGAAACCACCUUCGCCGGAAGACAACCGCCGCCGGCUACAUGCACUCCCCGACGAACAUCCUUGAGUCCGGCCUCCGCAGCUUCUGCUUCAUGCUCAGGGACCUCACCCUCGACAUGCGCAACGUCGUUCUCGUCGUCGCCGUCCUCAUCGCCACCGCCUCCUACACGGCGGUGCUCCAGCCACCCGGCGGCGUCUCCCAGGCCGACGCCGGCGGUACCGCCAGCAACGCCACCGCGGCGGCGGCGGGGAAGAUGGUGAUGACGAAGGAGGACUACGAGCUCUUCGUGCCGGCGGCGACGGCGGCGUUCACGCUGUCGGUGGUGAUGAUCAUAUUCGUGCUACACGGGCGGCCGUACAACCUGAUACUCCACGGCAGCUUGAUAUUUCUGGCGUACAGCUACCUCGCCGCCAUGAGAUUCAUGUCGCCGGAGGAGGACCGCGCCGUCGCGAAAUUCACCUUCAUCCUCUCGUGGACCGUCAUCGUCGCCGCCUUCGCCCUGAAGAUUAUGUAUUACUUCGCGAAGGCGCUGUUCGAGGAUUCGUGGUGGCUGCCCAGCUGUACGGUGGUCGUCAGUAAUUUCUGCCACCGUGUCGGCGGCCGAACCACCCAGGACGGCAUUUCCUUCUUGAAGAAGCUCCGUAAGCAGUGCAAAUUAAUUCUACCUUCCGGCAAGUACUUCUAAUUCAUUCAUUGUUAUAUUUUAUAUAAUAUUUUAUUAAACUAUUAUAUAUAUAUAUAUAUAUGUGUGUGUGUGUGUGUGAGAAAUAAGUGCUGACAAAUUAGAGUUUGCAGUAUUAAUUUGUCCCAAUUAUUAUAUGAUUUUGUUUGUUUUUUGAUCAGUUUGACCACGGGUUUGACUUUUAAGUGAAGUAAUGCGUCGAAUAAAUUUUAUUUAAAUGGAUUUGAUUUUGUUCAUUAUUUAUUAUAUAUGUGAGUGGAUCUAUAGUGAUACUUGUCAAUGUCAAA